AGAGAGAGAAAGAGAGAGUGAGUGAGUAGUGACAGUUGAAUUGGACGAAGGUGAUCGUGUCGGCGACGAGAUUCCACUUAGCCGCAAUUUUGUAACAGUUAGCCCGGAUAUAAAAGAUUACAAACGUCUGUGCAUCGCGCGGACUUUCGUCGAGCUCGCGUUGGGUCGAUCCUCUGGUACGGUCGGAGCAGCCGAGAGAACGAGAAGAGAUUUAAACAUGGUAGUGCUUAGCAAUUUCCUUACACCACAGGAAGGAAUACGUCAUGAAGAGCAGAAUACUACAGUAUAUAUCAAUGAUAGGGAAGUGGGAAAGGGUACUUUCUACAUCACAGAGAGCGUUCUUUCUUGGGUGAACAGUGACACACAACAGGGAUUUUCGCUCGAAUAUCCUCAUAUUUCUUUACACGCUAUUUCUAGAGAUGAACAAGUCCAUCCCAGACAAUGUCUAUAUGUAAUGGUCGAUGGCAAAGUAGACCUCCCAGAUAUGCCAUUGCUGUUAUCGCCCGACAACAGCUCAGAGAAUGAGGACGACGAUGAAGACACUCCAAUCACGGAAAUGCGGUUCGCGCCGGAUAAUACGAAUAAUUUAGAAUUAAUGUUUCAAGCGAUGAACGCGUGCCAAGCACUUCAUCCUGAUCCGCAAGACAGUUUUUCGGAUGAGGAUAUUUAUGAAGACGCUGCGGAAGAUUACGGCGAAUACAGCGAGGAAGUGGGUGCUGGCGACGCUCCUUAUAUUUUGCCAACAGAGCAAAUAGGGACCAGUCAUAACGGAUCGGAGGCGGAAGAAGCAAUGGACGUCGAAGCAGGUCAGUUCGAAGACGCGGAGGAGGACCCGUAAAGUACGACCUUUCUGGUCUGGCUGAUAUUUAGUGUUAAUUUACACGAUUACCAAUUUCAUAUAUUUCGGUAGACGUAUAUGACAUCGUUAUUGCAAGACUUACGUAUCAAACGUAAAAGCACCUCUAAACAUUUAUUUAUAUUCAUUUUGUACAUGAUGAUAAUUUCUUAGAUAAAAAUAAAUAAUUGUACAUCAAUUAUGGGUGAGUCUUCACUUUUCCUUUUCUGUUUAUUUCAUUUUUCUUUUCCACCCGCUGAUGGAACAUAGCCUGCGAAUUUCGCUGUCGCUUCUCGCGAGAAGAGGAGAGUAUUUAGUUUCCUUCGUGUCUCAUUUUACCAAAUUCGGGACGCAGAGUCGAACGAAAAACUGGUAAAAUAUGAACAAAUCUAGUGCGUACAAAUUGAUCGUACAUUGUUGUAAUCGAAUGACAUCGGGCAAUAUAAUCGAUGAUAAAUUUGUCCGUGCAAAAUUCUAGCAACAACACAAUUAGGGACCAGUCAUAACGGAUCGAAGGCGGAAGAAGCAAUGGACGUCGAAGCAGGUCAGUUCGAAGACGCGGAGGAGGACCCGUAAAGUAUGACCUUUCUGGUCUGGCUGAUAUUUAGUGUCAAUUUACACGAUUACCAAUUUCAUAUAUUUCGGUAGACGUAUAUGACAUCGUUAUUGCAAGACUUAUGUAUCAAACGUAAAAGCACCUCUAAACAUUUAUCUAUAUUCAUUUUGUACAUGAUGAUAAUUUCUUAGAUAAAAAUACAUAAUUGUGCAUCAAU